AGGUUACGGGUUACAUGAUUGGAACUGUAACAGCAUCUCUUCACCCUAGGUCAGAAACAUCAUGAUUGAGACCAACCCAAUUGCUCACUAUAAAUGAUGGUAGAAUGUUGAUUACAUGGGGACACAAGUAGUUCACAAGUGACCUAAAUGUCCAGUAAAGUUGCCGCCUGCUCUGUGUCAUACGUGUAAGCAAUGACGCAUCACCACUAGCAGGCCAUUUUGGUGUAAUCAUCUGAGGUGCACGUGCAUAAUAAUCACGUGGUGACUCUCUGUAGCCGCCACGCAUCAACUAACGAUGCAAGCGGACGAUUGAUAAUGUUCCUGUAUGGUAUUGUAAUGUAGGAUUACGAAAAUUUGUACAAACUGUGCACAGUAUGUUAGUAAUUUCCAAUAUCGUGGAAUCGUAUAUAUGGUCGACUAUCGGAAUCCAAUUAGUAACUAAUUCUUCUAGUUAAUGAUUGAUAUAUGUUAUGCAAUGUUUCAUUGACAGAAGUACUAGCAUCAGGAUUAGAAUGGUUGUUAGCGACAGGAGAAUCACAAACCCUAACACGUAGGUCAAAUCAUUCGUCGGCAACAUCGAGACAUCCUGUGGACAAGAUUACAACAAUGACGAAGGAGAAUCCCAAACCCCUCCACUUUUGGAACAACGUGUGUUACGGUUUGUCUGCGGUUGCACUGAGCAUUACAGGGAACGCCAUUGGCCUUUUCUUUCCUGUGUUUAUUCUCGAAGUGGCACAGAUCACGCCUGCCCAGAACUCUAUAUUGACGAUCACGGCCAAAGUCGUGUCAUCGGUAAGCGGCUUCUUCGUCGGAUUUCUGGUGGAAGCAACCAACACGAGAUGGGGCAAGCUGAAACCAUGGCUUUUCCUCACCACGUUUCCGGCCGCGGCUUGUUACUUCUUCCUGUGGUUCUCCCCUGACAUCGUCAGUCCUACAGGAAAGCUGAUAUGGUAUCUUGUCUUCUACGGCGGAUUCAAACUUCUCAUGAGGGGAUUUGGCAAUGCAAGGUCCUCCCUCGUGAUGUUUGCGACCCAGGAACCGAGAGAAAGAGACACCCUGAAUACAUAUUCGUCCGCCUUUGACACUGCUGCAAUCCUGCUGUCCACACUGAUCCAACAAGGGACGUUCGCGCUGUUCCACGCCAACAUUGGGUACGACCCGUGUGGCAACGCGACUCUCAACGGAACACAUGCGCACCACGGACCGUCUCUAGAUACAGAGAAAACGGCGUACAUGACUGCAGGAGCUGUUGGAACUGGCAUCUUUGUAGUCUGUGGACUGGCGGCCGUUUUGGGCGUUCCAGAAAGAAAAGAUAUCAGCAGAGUACAACGUUCUUCAUGCUUCCCCGCUGGUGACAUCAAAGAACUUGUCCUCCAUCCUCCUUUCCUAGCGAUGGCUGUAAUCAAUUUAUUGUUGAUGCUGGGCCUUAAUACUAAGCAGAACUACCGCGCCUUGCUACUGCAGUAUACCUUCAACUUGUCAGACCAGGUGUUCUACAUUAUUAUUGUAUAUACGGUAGCGUCAAUAGUAGCGACAUUCGUUUGGAGUGUAGUUAUGCGUCGAAUUGGCCGGAAAGAAACAGUAUGCUUAGGGAUUCUGGUCUUCCUACUGCCCAACAACGCUGCUCUCCUGAUAGCAACGGAAGAACUGUUGGGCUCCGCGCUGCUACCGUUCAUGUAUGCUGUGACUGUGUGGGGUGGGAUAGGAGAUGGCUCUUUUAAACUGAUAUUAAGUGUUAUGAAGACGGACGUCAUCGACAAUUUCAAGCUCAAGACUGACAAGAAGAUGGCGUCUAUUUUGUAUUCCCUCUGGGGGUCUUCAAGCAUUGUCAUGAACGGCAUCAGCACUGCUGUCUUCAACUGGAUCCUGCAGUCCGCGAACUACAACGCAGAUGACUGUGUCCAGCCGAACAGAGUGAAACAGGCUCUCCGGUACAUAACGGCGGGCACGCCUCCUGCUGCCUACGUCAUAGCCUUGUUGUUCGUCUGGCUGUACCCGAUCACCGAGGAGUCUCGCAUGAAAACCAAGAUGGCCCUGGACGCGAGGAGAACAGCGGCAGAUGAAGAGAGAAGGACGCUUCUGAAUAACGCAGAUAAUAUCUCCGUCCAAGAAAGACUUUGAGGCCGGAUAUUAGCAUAUGGCAUUCAAUUGUCAUAUUUGCUACUUUCUCUGGGAAGUAAACGUGUAAAUUGAUGUCCAUAUAUAUGACUGCAUUUGAUAUAUAUUGUUUUCUUUGUUCCUAUUCAAAUAUUGUGAAAUACUGUGCCUAAGAACUAUGACCCGAUUUAUACACGAUUUUGAGUCAAAUCAAUUUCGGCUCAGCGGCUCCAAGUCGACUCCAGGUCGACACAGCGGCUUGGAGUCGAUUGGAGAAAACGCGUGUGUACAUUGGGCCUAUGUUGUGAAUAAAGCGAAAUAAAGAUCAUGGUUAUCCAUCGGUGCACCACAUGGAAUAUUUGAAUUUAGUUUGUGCAAAGUUGAUAGUUAUUAUCCCUCACACGAGCACACGUUCACGGUUGCAAAACGCAUAGCAUUUAAUGUAAGGAAUGAGUGGUGCAAGUUUGGUUUCCUGGCAACUUGCUCUGGAACUGCAGGGGCGGUUUUGUGAACAACGUUCAAUGAGGAUGUAUGCAGGUGGCCAAUUGAAAGACGGAUCUCGUGUAAUUUUGCCUGCGGGAGUG